GCUGUAAGUACAAAUAAAAUUCAAAACCACCCAACGCCUUACGAAAACACCAUAAAGAAACGUAAAAUUGUGAAGACUGAAGGUCCGAUUGACGUCUCAGAAAAUUUUUAUGUUCCAUUUGAGAUGUUUGACUCAACUCAAAAGCUAGUAGAGGCUAUUAACCUAAGAGUGUGUGUGCUUUUAGUUGGACAUUUUCAAUGUGGUAAAACAUCAACUUUACGUUAUCUGAGGGACAGUAACAAAAACCAUUUUUAUGUCCAUUCUACAAUGUUGUUAAAAGAUGGAUUCCUACGUGGAGUGUGUAAAGAACUUUCUUUGAAUUUAUGUGACAAUGUAAGCGAUUUGAAUUAUGAAAUCUUAAAGAAAUAUAAAGAAGAGGUAGUCAUUUUAAUCGACGAAUGUGAUAGAUUCUUAGUUAGUUGCAAAGAUGCUGACAAUGAAAUUGAUCAAAUAAAAACACUCGCCAAAUGUGUAAAUGAUGGAGGAGUGAAAGGGAUCAAAUCAAUUGUUUUUGCUGGAAGUUUUUCAAUUACUACUACGCUCAUAGAUGGAAUUCCACAGAUUGAACAAAUCAUUAGAAUAUCACAAAAUGAACAAGCUCAUGGAUACUUUCGGCAUCCUAGAGGGAUUCCCUCUCCAUUAAACUCAGAAAAAACAAUCGAGGCAUCAGAUUUUACUAAAGAACAGCACUUGUUAUUUUACCAUGAUAUCCAAGCAGAUAGAAAUGUGCAUUUUAGUGAAGAAGUCGUGGAUGAUAUUUUUAGUCUUACUAAUGGUCACGCUGGUUUAGAAGAAUUCAUUCGUAAUCCAACAAGGAAAAAGAUUAAUUCAGUUAAUCAUAUUGAAAAAUAUCUCUGCGAAAGUGAUGAUGCAACCCAAUACAAUAAUCCUUUAAUAAAAAGUGCAAGAAAACUUUUAGAACGCUUCUUACAAAAAGGAACUCUACAAUCAUCAGAAAUCACUGAUGAAGAUUCAAUUUCCCUUUUGCAUCUGCGUGCAAUUGGCAUUGUAAAGAGUAGCAAUGGCGACACCUUAGCAAGAAUCUCAAGUAUUACCACACCUUCAGACUUCUUGGAGAAAGUCUUGGGUCUUUUGAA